AUGGUUGUGUUGGCGGUUAAGAGCCCGAAACAAGAGUCCUUGCGGGACGCCAUGGCGCCGCGCCGCGCCACGGCGCUGCGGCGGAUGUCCUCCACCGCCCAGGUGGCACACCAGAUGCAGGUGCUGGACAUCGACGGCGACACGGAGUUUCUGACGCAGGGGGUGGGUGAUGAGCGCACUCACGAGCUGAUGAAGGCGGCCAUGGCGCAGAUGCGGGGCAAGGUGAAGGACUCGGAGCAGCUGCAGAGCCAGAUCUGCCAAGCGGACCAACGGCUCACAGAGCGCAGCCACAUGACCCAGUGGCUGAUGAAGCCCUUCGCGCGCGGGCUGUGCCUGCGCAUCCACGUGGUCAUGCCAUGGGCUACAUCUUCUCCCCCGUGGGCGAGACCUUGCUGAAGAGCAUGGACGUGCGC